UAUAAAAAUAGAUAAAAUAGGAAAUGCACGGUUUCAUUUCCCAUUAAUGGUUUAAAAUAGACCCAACCCUAUUCAAUUUCACUCUGAGCGAACAGAGAACGAGAAGAUGAUACUGGUGGCUCUCAUGGCGGAGGUGCUGAAGGAAUACACGGCGUUGCUAGCAAGGGUGGUAGAGCAGCUGUUCCGUUCCGCCCCGAUCCCUCAACGCCUUCGUAUUCUCAUCCUCCGUAGUCUUCACUUUGUUUCUUCUCGACCUAGGAGGGUUCAAUUUCAAUCACAUUAGUUUCCAUUUUUGUCCCUUUCCUUCUUCCAUUUGUUUUUAUUUAGAUUUUUGUUUUUGUCUUGUGACAUUGUACCCUACCCUACGUGUAACUUUUGGGCCUUUUUUUUUCUUUCUAUUACAAUAGAUUUGCCUUAUUCUCUCAGAAA